UCUUUUUUGUUUUGAUUUUGGCGCUUCAGAAUCUCAGUUGUUUGCAAUUGUUGCAUUUACACAAUAAUUCGUCCUCCGAACUAAACUCAUACUGCCAUUGAAUGAACGCGGCUCGUAACAAACCGAGCUCCAGUGGCUCCGAAAGUGAGCACUCGAUCGACGAAAUUUGGGACGAUUCACUAAUCAUUCGUAAGUACGACGAAUCUUUGGCCGUUGUGAAGGAAGAGGUUGCUAAGCGAUUGGCAAUGAAAACAAACAAAAAAAUGGCCAAAAUUCAAAAUGGUCAACCGGAACCUGGUCCGAGCGAGGGAGCGAAAUCUGAACAAGUCGAACAACCUGCUGGAGAGGAAAGUUCGGCAACCGAAAAGGGUUCCAGUGAAAUGGGCAACAAACCAGUAUUCAAGGUUGGCGAUUACUGCCGAGCCACGUACGAUGAUGGGGUUGACUAUGAAGCCAAAAUUAUGGAAAUGUCGAAGGAUGGCGAAACUUUGCUACGUUACGUUGGCUACAAUAAUGAUCAAACCGUAGCGGUGGAGAAUUUAGUGCCUUCAUGGGGACGCAAGGCACGUCGUAAACAACGCGAGGAUGCAGCUGAGCUAGCCGUUGAAGAAGAUCACCAACGGAUGGAGAUUAGUGAUGACGAGGACAAACUUACCAAAAAGGCUAGCAAGAUUCGCAUAAAUUACAGUCCAAGCUUUCGAAUGCCAGCGGCUGGAGCAGCUUCGGCAAAAGCUGCAGCCUAUGGCGCUGAACUCGGAAUGGGUGCCUCGUUUAUGGUUCCACCGCCACCACCGAUGCCACCGAUGCUAGAGGAUGACGACGACGAGCUGGAAUCGGAGAAUCUCUCCGCUAUGCUCAUGUCCUGGUACAUGAGUGGCUACUAUACCGGGUUGUACCACGGUCAGAAAAUGUCACAGAAAAGGGCUAGACCCUCCUAGAGUAGAGUUGCUGAUGAUUUGUUUUAAGGUAUUCUUUUUGACUUAUAUUGUUUACUCAUAGAGGAUAAGUUUCCUUUGGCUCGCGUCUGAAAUAGUUUGAAUUUGAAAUGAGCUUUUUUUUUUGUUUAGAACCAGCUUCCGUUCCGAAAGGUAAAUAAAGAUAAUUGACUUCGAAAAAGA